AUGACGGGUCUCGACGGGCGGUCGCCCGACCAGUCGGACUCGAUGGAGCAGAGUCUCGCGGCGUAUGCCGAGACGCCCGAGCUCGAUGUCCCUUUUAUCACAGGCCUGUCACAGGCGCGCCCGCGGCUCAGCUCACCGAUUCCAGCGGACCUGCACGGCCCCGCGUCGCCGAGCGACGCACGAGCCGACUCGCCCGCGUCGAUGGACGCGAGUCAGCACAGCGACACGUCGCGGCGGGGGCUGCAGCGCAAUCGCGCCAUCUACCGUAGCCGCGCAUCCCCGGCACUGUCGGACGCGUCGAGCGGGCCACGCAGCGCGCGCCUGCGCCAUGGCUCGUCGCCCACCACGCCAGGGUCGCCCUCGUCGCCGGCGCAGCGCAGCCCGCACACGGCAAGCCCACGCGCGGGCGCGCGCACCGCAAGCCCGAUGCGCGCACCGCCGGCCGGACUCGGGAUCGAUAUCCUCGACGGCGACAAGGCACGGCCAGUGCCGCGUCCGCCCGUGUCCCCAGGCCUGUACCGCUCGACCACGCCGCCGAUGCGGCCGAUGCCGCGCCAGCCCACGCCGCCGGUGCCGCCGAUGCCGCGCGACGUGCCGCACACGCCCCCGGUCAGCGCAGACGUCGCACGGCGCGCCAUGCCCACGUCGCCGCCGUCGUCGCGGGACAGCGCCGAGCUCCUCGCAGAGUACGCGCCGUCCGCAUCGCCGCACCCACGCAGCGAGUCGGCACACUCGGCAUCGCCGCACGCCGCACAGCGCCAGUCGCUUCCGCUGCUCGACACUCGCGCACGCACGCCCUCGGUCGAGCAGCGCUCGUCGCUCAGCCACGAAGUGUUUAUGCAGAGCGCUCCGGCGCGCAGCGAUGGGCACGGCACGCCGGCACGCGUACAGCGGCCGCCGUCCGGGCUCGUGCGCACGCCGUCGGGACGCAGCGCGACUCGGUCGCUUUCAAGCCAGGGCGUGACACGCACGCCGUCCGGACGACAGUCGCUGCUGCAGCGCUCGCCAUCGGGUCUCGAGUCGCUCCAACGCACGCCGUCGGGACGCGAGUCGCUGCAGCGCACGCCGUCGGGGCCACGCUCCAUGACGCCGCGCACGCCCGCCAGCGAGGAGCUCGGCGCACGCCCGCCUUCAGAGCGCCUGAACGAGCACGAGGCGAGUGCGACAGAUGCGCACACUCCCGCCGCCCAUGCAAAAGCGGGGGGUACUCUUGCCGCUGCUGCCCCAUAUGCGCCGCAAGAGGGCGGCCCUGUUGCAAAAGAGGCUCAAGAACCGGCAGGACUGGCUCAGGCGCCGACGUCGGGAAAGCACCAGGGCCCAGCAUCGAGGCAGGGCCCGGCACUGUCUGCACCUGCUACGCCUUUUGUGCCAGGCACACCUUCGGUACAGGGCACGCCGUCGCUGGGGCCGGUGAGUCCCAGCUCGACGCACCCCUCGCCGCUCCCUGGCUAUGUACAACGCUCGCCGACGCCGAGCGCGUCGGGCGCGAGCUCGGCGCUGUCGCCCGUGCCAAGCACGCAGCCCGUGUCGAGCACGUCUGGACAGCCUGCGCAAAGCACACAUGCGCAGCCGGAAACGCAGGUCCCCGAGCCUGUGCCGCCCCCUGUGCCUAGCAAGCCAGCGGAUGCGCCGCCGCUGCCGAGCCGCGACACGUCCGCUCCUGUCCCGACCCACGACACGUCCGCACCCCCUCUGCCAAACCGCGACACGUCCGGCCCCCCUCUACCAAGCCGCGACACGUCCGGUCCCCCUCUGCCGAGCCGCGACUCUGUGCCGUCCCUCCCUAACCGCGACGCUGCGCCGUCCCUCCCCAACCGCGACGCUGCGCCCCCCCUCCCCAGCCGCGAUGCAUCUGCUCCGACCAGUGCGGCCCCUUCGAGCGGUGCGCCGCCCUCGAGCGGUGCGCCGCCCUCGAGCGGUGCGCCGCCCUCGAGCGGUGCGCUCUCGUCCCCACUGCCUUCCUACGUUGCAAGCACGUCGGUCGCAAGCCCCCCGGUCGCAAGCCCUCCUGUGCCUCUGCCGACCUCGGCGCCGCUCCUUUCGCAAUAUGCUACCGAAAAGACGCCCGGCGCGCAGGAUACCCCUUCUCAGCCCGUGGCAAAGCCGAGCAUCGCGCCGAGCACGCCGUUCGUGCCAGGCACGCCGUCCGUCCAAGGCACGCCGUCUCUGCCAGGCGUGCAGCAAGGCACGCCGUCCGUCCAAGGCACGCCGUCGCUGCACGGCACCCCGGCGCAGGCCCCGUCUAUCCAGGGAACACCGUCGCUCCAAAGUACACCAUCGUUACACGGCGCCCCGGCGGAGGCCCCGUCUAUCCAGGGAACACCGUCGCUCCAAGGUACACCAUCGCUGCACGGCGCCCCAGCGCAGAGCCCAUCUGUCCAGGGAACGCCGUCGGUUCAAGGUACUCCAUCGAUCCAAGGCACGCCGUCAGUCGCAAGCAGCACGCCGUACCUUGCCGGUGGCACGCCGUCGAUCCCCAGCAGCACGCCGUACCUCGCGUCCACGCCGCACCUCGCCGGCACGCCGCACGUCGGCCCCUCGGCCUCGGAAACGGCGACGUCUGCGCGCACGCGCGAGCCGACGCGCUCGCAAGGCAUCCCGGCGGUGCCUACGCGUUUCAUGAACGCGACCGCCUCGCCGGAUACAAAGCGCACGACCGCCCUGCCAGUGCCCUCGCCGAGCCUCAAAAAGACCGAGUCGACGGCGUCCUUUGCCUCGUCCAAGUCGGCAUACUCCGAGUCAGACGAGAGCAACUACGGCCCCGAGCCCGAUGGGGCGCCGAUGCAGGCACAGGCCGACAUCCCCGAGCACAGCACGCCGUACCUCGACCAGGAACCGCCCACGGAUCCCACGCCGCGCGCCGUGUCGCACGGGUCGCAGAUCAGUGAGCCGUACACGAGUCCGCUGCAGGACCUGUCGGACACAUUUGCAUCGGCCAUGGCGGACCUCGGCCUGGACGGCGACGAUGCGCCGGUCGAGGGGCUGGCCGACGUCGCGGUCGCGUACCGGGACCCGUCGCAGGACGGCGGCAUGCCGCGGACCACGUCGACGCUCGAGUCGCUCCUGCCGCCGCCCGGCGAGCGGCGCUCGCCGGCCAAGACGGCCGCGCCGGCGCUGUACAUGGCCACGCCGUCCCGUUCGGCGGCGGCGGCGGCAACGGCGACGGUUGUGCCUGCGCCUGAGGCCAAGCCUGCGGCGCCCGCGGCUCCCACGCCGCCGCCGGCAGACACCAAGAAUGCGUCUGCGGACCCCCCGGGCCCCAAGAUCGAGGUGUAUGGCUACACGGUGUGGUGGCCGACGUCUUUCGACGCCUCGUCGAACGUCAACUGGGACUCGACGUCGUCGACGCAGCGGGGCAUGCUCUUUGCGCGUGCGGCCAACGACCUGAUGGACCGCGACUCGAACCUGACCAAGUGGAUGAAGCUCAUGCGCCAGGUCCAGCCGCGUGCGCCCGAGCAGCUCAUGGAGCAGGUCACUGCCGAGCAGGCCGAUCGCUUCAUCCGUGCCAUGACGCCGGUGCUCGACAAAGACACGUCGGCCGUGUCCAACACCACCGUCACGGCGGACAUGCCGCUGCCGACCAACAUCCCGUAUCCCGGGCUGGCCAAGUCGUACAAAGACCAUCUGCACCACCCCGAGACGCCCGGCAUCCACGCGUCCAACAGCUCGAGUUCGCUCGCGACGCCGCACACUUCGCGCCUCGACCCUGGCCAAGCGAUGCGGGGAGCGGCGGGCGCCGCCGGUGCGGGCUGGCAAAAGCUGCAAGGCGCCAUGCCCCGCGUGCCCAGCUCCACGUCGAUCCUCGGCACACUCGGCCGCCGCAACAGCCGGCGGAUGCGCGACUCGCCGACGCCGCCCCCCACGACCACGCCGGCGAUCGGGCGCACGCUGCAGCACCGCGCAUCGCACUACGAUCUCGGCACGCCGCGUGCGCCGACGCACUACGACCCCGCCACGGUGCGGUCCGCGUCGCGGGCGAGCGACGCGCCGAGCGAGCCGCGCUUUGGUCUCGGGAUCCCCGGCCUCGGUGCGCGUAUGAGCGAAGAGAGUAGGCAGGCAGCGCCGGCGCUGCUCGCUGGCUCGCUCAACCUCGCGCCGAAGGCGAGCCCCGCAUUUGAGGCGAGUCUUGGGCGGAUGACGGACGCGCUCCCCGAGCUCGACGAAAGGACGGCGCGGGCCUAUUUGCAAAAAGCCAAUGGUGACGAUGUGAAAGCGAUUGGCGACUAUCUCCAGGACCAGUCGCACGGCGAGACACAACGACGUGGUAUUUUCUCACGCACGCCACGCACGCGAUAG